ACUUGGUUGACCUCCUUCCCGCCCGUCGGAGCAUGACUCAACAAAUUUCUCAAACUGACGUAUUUACUCCUUUGAAUUUUUUUUUGUAACUCUUCUCUUAAAAGAACGACAAUGUCUGACGAUAAAGAGAACAAGCCCGUCGUCGAUCAAGUCGAGGAAGAAGAACCCGAUUUCUCCAAGCUUAAGAAAAAGAAAAAGUCAAAGAAGAAAGUCGACUUUGACGAUACCGCUUUAGCUGACGAACCUAAAGAAUCCGCAGAAGUUCAGGAUGCUCACAAUGCCGACGACGCUGAUCCAGAUGCCAUGUUUGCCGAAUUAAAAAAGAAGAAAAAGAAGAAAUCCAAGCCUGUCGAGGAUGCCGGUGAAGGCGAUAGCACACCAGCAGAAGGCAAUGAUGAAGACAUGGACUUUGGUGCAAUGAAGAAGAAGAAAAAGAAGAAGAAAAACAUGGCAGAAUUCGAAGCUGAAUUGGCAGAGCAAGAAGGCGAGUCGGGUGAACAAGAAGGCGACAAGCCUACAAAAAAGGAUAAUAGCGAUGAAACAUGGUUAAAGAGCGACCGCGACUACACAUACGACGAGUUACUCGGCCGUAUAUUCAAGAUCUUGAGACAAAACAACCCUGAACUUGCUGGCGAGAAGAAGCGUUACACCAUUGUUCCUCCUUCUAUCCAUCGUGAAGGCAACAAAAAGACUAUUUUUGCCAACGUGGCUGAUAUCUGCAAACGACUUCAUCGACAACCGGAGCACGUUAUUCAGUUCUUGUUCGCCGAAUUGGGUACCAACGGUUCCGUUGACGGUGCGCAACGUCUUGUCAUCAAGGGUCGAUGGCAACAAAAGCAAAUCGAAAACGUGCUGCGACGAUAUAUCGUGGAAUACGUUACUUGCAAAACUUGUAAAUCCCCUGAUACAAUUUUGAGCAAGGACAACCGAUUGUACUUUGUGCAGUGCGAGUCUUGCGGUUCUACACGAUCCGUCUCUGCUAUCAAGACUGGUUUCAAGGCUCAAACCAAGGAAGAUAGACGUGCUCUUCGGGCGUAAAGAAAACAGCUCCAGCAGCAUCGACAACUACUACUACUGCUACUUGAAAAAAAAUAAAAAACAAAAAAGUAUUUUUAAAUAUUGUGAUCCCCUCCUUAACAAAAAGCAACAUCUUUACUAUUGCGCACACUUGUCUUUGUGGAAUACAUUCCUCUUUUUUUUUUUACUAUGUGUAAUUUUUUUGAUUUCUGUCUGAUUGUUGUUGGAGGAGUUGAUUGUC